GGUUCCCUCCAACGCCCCUGGGCAGUGGUUACUUGGGAUCCGGGAGAGGAGGAGUGCAAUUGCUGUUUUUGGGCAAGCGUUGUGCAAAUCUUUUUUCCCUGCAAAUAUUUCGGAGGGAAGAGAAACCGUUUUCAAUUCCUUACCUAACGAUGCGCCCCCUCCCCGCGCAACUAACCAAGGCCAAGUCCCCCAAGAGAGUGUUUCAUUUCCCUUCUUCGCUGCUCGGAUUGACAUUUCCUCUGAAAUGCCGUCUCCCAAUCAUAAAGUUUCGAGCUUUUUCCAUUGCUACUACAGCUGAACUCUUCACACCAGCUCAAUCAUUGAAAGUAGAACUAUUGCGGUGGAAAUCGAGGAGUAGCGAUGGAGUGGACCGCCGUUCAACAUUUGGAUCUCCGUCAUGUUGGUCGGGGACUCAAACCUAUGCAGCCUCAUGCCGCUGCAUUUCAUCCCAGUCAGGCAUUCAUAACUGCAGCCAUCGGAGGCUACAUAAUUGAAUUUGAUGCACUUACUGGAAGCAAGAUUUCUUCAAUGGAUAUUGGUGCCCCUGUUGUUCGUAUGUUGUACAGUCCUACCAGUAGCCAUGCUGUUAUUGCUAUUCUUGAGGAUUGCACAAUCCGAUCUUGUGAUUUCGACACUGAACAGACUUGCGUGUUACAUUCACCUGAAAAGAAAACGGAACAAAUUUCUUCAGAAACAGAAGUCCAUAUGGCAUUGACCCCUCUCCAGCCUGUUGUUUUUUUCGGUUUCCACAGGCGGCUGAGUGUAACAGUGGUUGGAACUGUUGAAGGGGGAAGGGCACCAACGAAAAUAAAGACAGAUUUGAAAAAACCAAUUGUUAAUCUUGCUUGUCAUCCUCGCCUACCUGUCUUGUAUGUAGCUUAUGGGGAUGGUUUGAUUCGAGCUUACAACGUCCAUACCUAUGCCGUUCAUUACACACUGCAACUUGAUAAUACUAUUAAGCUCAUUGGUGCUGGUGCAUUUGCUUUUCAUCCAACUUUGGAGUGGAUAUUUAUUGGUGACAGACGGGGUACACUUCUGGCGUGGGAUGUUUCAACUGAGAGACCAAAUAUGAUCGGAGUUACGCAGGUUGGUUCCCAGCCAAUCACUUCAAUCGCAUGGCUUCCCAUAUCACGGCUUCUUGCCACGCUUUCCAAAGAUGGGUCCCUUCAAGUGUGGAAAACACGAGUCAUAGUUAAUCCAAAUCGGCCUCCUAUACAAGCCAAUUUUUUUGAACUUGCUGGAAUUGAAUCGCUUGACGUCACUCGGAUUCUAUCUCAGCAGGGUGGAGAGGCUGUCUAUCCCUUACCACAAAUCAAGGGUUUAGUGGUUCACUCAAAACUAAAUUUAGCAGCCUUGCUGUUUGCAAAUGUAAUGGGAGGAGAGAAUCUAAAGAAUAGGGCUGCAUACACUAGGGAAGGAAGGAAGCAGCUCUUCACUGUUCUGCAAAGUGCAAGGGGUUCCUCAGCUUCUGUUUUGAAGGGAAAACUUUCAGCUUUAGGUUCAUCUGGAACUUUAGCUGAUCAUCAGCUUCAAACACAAUUGCAUGAGCAUCAUUUGAGGGGCCAAAACCAGCUUACUAUUUCAGACAUCGCACGGAAGGCAUUUCUUCAUAGUCAUUUCUUGGAGGGGCAUGCCACAAUUGCUCCUAUUUCUCGGUUGCCUCUCAUCACUCUUUCAGAUGCUAACCAUAUUCUGAAGGAUGUACCCAUCUGCAAGCCAUUUCAUUUGGAGCUGAAUUUCUUCAACAAAGAGAAUCGAGUACUUCACUAUCCUGUUAGAGCAUUUUACGUAGAUGGUCUCAACCUUAUGGGUUAUAAUCUCUGUUCUGGAGUGGAUAAUAUUUACAAGAAGCUUUAUUCAUCGAUCCCUGCAAAUGUUGAAUACCAUCCCAAAAACAUGGUUUACAGUGCUAAGCAACAUUUAUUCCUUGUCGUUUUCGAGUUUAGUGGUGCUACAAAUGAAGUUGUACUUUACUGGGAGCAAACUGAUUUUCAGGCAGUUCAUAGCAAUGGAAGCACAAUCAAAGGUCGAGAUGCAGCAUUUGUUGGACCCAAUGAAAAUCAGUUUGCCAUUCUUGAUGAUGAUAAGACUGGUCUGGUUUUAUAUAUUCUGCAAGGGUCAGCUUCCCAGGAAGGUGGUAAGAAUAAUGGAGCACCUGAACAAGAUUCGCCUGAUGAUGCUAGUGUUGCAUCGAUCCGGGGUCAACUGGAGUUUGUGUUUGAAACUGAAGUUGAUUGCAUAUUUUCUACCCCACUAGAAUCAACUGUCAUGUAUGCUUCUCAUGGCAGCCAUAUUGGAUUGACAAAACUGAUUCAGGGAUAUCGUCUUUCAACUGGAGAUGGUCAAGGAGAUCAUCUUUUAGCUGGAGAUGGUCAAUACGUAUCGGCAAAAACUGAAGGAAAAAAGUCAAUAAGAUUAAAAAUAAAUGAAAUUGUUCUCCAGGUUCAUUGGCAAGAAACUCUUAGAGGCCAUGUUGCAGGAGUACUGACUAGUGACAGGGUGCUAAUUGUUUCAGCCGAUCUUGAUGUAUUGGCAAGCAACUCCACAAAAUUUGAUAAAGGCCAUCCUACAUUCAGAUCCCUUCUAUGGGUUGGGCCUGCACUUCUCUUUUCAACUGCAACUUCAGUUAGUGUGCUUGGAUGGGAUAGCAAAGUGAGGACCAUUCUCUCUCUUAGCAUGCCUAAUGCAGUGUUAGUUGGUGCUUUGAAUGAUCGAUUGUUGCUGGCAAACCCAACAGACAUAAAUCCUAGACAAAAGAAAGGGGUUGAGAUAAGGAGCUGUCUUGUUGGACUUCUUGAACCUCUUCUUAUUGGUUUUGCAACAAUGCAACAGAAUUUUGAGCAGAAGCUUGACUUAUCUGAAAUCCUCUACCAAAUUACAUCCAGGUUUGAUAGCUUGCGCAUCACUCCAAGAUCUCUUGAUAUUCUUGCCAGAGGUUCUCCCAUCUGCGGGGAUCUUGCAGUAUCACUGUCACAAGCAGGUCCCCAGUUUACUCAGGUGUUGCGGUGCAAUUAUGCAAUGAAAGCACGUCGCUUCUCUACAGCUUUAUCAGUUUUAAAGGAUGAGUUCUUGCGUUCAAGAGAUUAUCCAUUGUGCCCCCCUACAUCUCCUUUAUUUUACCGCUUUUGCCAGUUGGGAUAUAGCUGUAUCAAGUAUGGUCAGUUUGACGGUGCAAAAGAAACUUUUGAGGUUAUUUCAGACUAUGAAAGCAUGCUUGAUCUAUUUAUCUGCCAUCUAAACCCUAGUGCCAUGCGUCGUCUUGCUCAAAAGUUGGAAGAAGCUGGUGCUGAUUCAGAAUUGAGGCGUUACUGUGAACGAAUUUUAAGAGCCCGAUCAACCGGCUGGACACAGGGCAUUUUUGCCAAUUUUGCUGCUGAAAGUAUGGUUCCUAAAGGGCCAGAAUGGGGUGGCGGAAAUUGGGAAAUCAAAACACCUACCAACGUGAAGGAUAUCCCUCAGUGGGACCUGGCAGGAGAGGUAAGGCCAUACAUGAAGACCAAUGAUGGUACCAUUCCAUCCAUCAUAGUGGACCAUAUUGGUGUUUACUUGGGUGCAAUUAAAGGAAGGGGCAAUGUGAUAGAAGUACGUGAAGAUAGUCUGGUUAAAGCCUUUACCUCUAUAGGGGGUGAAAAUAAAGCUGAUGGAUUUCAAGCUUCUGACAGUAAUAAGGGGGAAGCUUUGUCUGGGCUUGAAACCCAUACCAAAAAAUUACCAGGUUCCUCUGUUGCGGAUGAGCAAGCAAAAGCAGAAGAAGAAUUUAAGAAAUCGCUCUAUGGUGCUGCUGCUAAUGGUAGCAGCAGUGACGAGGAAGAGGGUGCUUCAAAGGCCAAAAAAAUACAAAUUAGGAUACGUGAGAAACCAAUUGCAUCUGCAACAGUUGAUGUCAAUAAGAUUAAGGAAGCCACCAAGCAGUUUAAACUUGGUGAGGGUUUGGGCCCACCUAUGAGUAGGACCAGGUCAUCAGCUGGUGGAUCCCAAGAUUUGGCACUGAUUUUAUCCCAAUCAGCUCCUGCAACCACUGCUACUAUGACAGCUCCUGCAGUUUCUCCUGCUGAUUUAUUUGGAACUGAAAAACUUGUUCAAGCAACUCCUGUGGCAGAGCCAGCUCCAACUGGUCGGGGCGUUGGUAUUACUGGAGGACCUAUCCCUGAGGACUUCUUCCAGAAUACUGUAUCAUCUCUUCAAGUUGCAGCUUCUUUACAUCCUCCUGAGGCAUACAUCAACAGGUCAGAUCAGGAUUCUCAAGGGCUUGAAGGAUACAAGGUAACCACUAACAAUGCAGCUACUGAUAUAGGUCUUCUGGAUGGUGGUAUUCCCUCUCAAGCACCUCAACAACCUGCUGCUCCAGAUGAGUCCAUUGGACUUCCAGAUGGUGGUGUCCCUCCCCAAUCUGUGAAUCAAGCUAUUAACUCUCCACCACAAACCCAGUUUCAGACUGCUCAAGUCCCAGUGGCAAAACCCCUUGAUCUUAGUGUACUUGGAAUUCCAGGAUCUGCUGAUACUGAAAAAUCUCCAUUACAAGCUACUUCACCAGCAGUUGUUCGCCCUGGACAGGUACCCCGUGGCGCUGCUGCAUCAGUGUGCUUCAAAACUGGGCUUACACAUCUUGAGCAAAAUCAACUUACAGACGCAUUAUCCUGUUUUGAUGAAGCAUUCCUUGCCCUGGCCAAGGAUCAGUCUCGUGGAGUUGACAUUAGAGCUCAAGCCACUAUCUGUGCUCAGUAUAAGAUUGCAGUUGCUCUACUUCAGGAAAUUGGACGGCUUCAGAAGGUCCAAGGUGCCAGUGCAAUAAGUGCUAAAGAUGAGAUGGCAAGACUGUCUCGUCAUUUGGGUUCAUUGCCACUUCUUGCAAAGCACCGGAUUAACUGUGUCAGGACAGCUAUCAAACGGAACAUGGAAGUGCAGAACUAUGCCUAUGCAAAACAGAUGCUCGAACUCCUCCUGUCCAAAGCACCCGCAAGUAAGCAAGACGAGUUGAGGAGCCUCAUGGAUAUGUGUGCCCAGAGGGGAUUAAACAACAAAUCUAUCAACCCAUUAGAAGAUCCUUCCCAGUUCUGUGCUGCCACUCUCAGCCGCUUAUCAACCAUUGGACAUGAUGUCUGCGACCUAUGUGGGGCCAAAUUCUCGGCUCAAACAGCCCCUGGAUGCAUUAUCUGUGGUAUGGGGAGCAUUAAAAGGUCAGAUGCACUUGCAGGUCCUGUUCCUUCGCCAUUUGGUUGACAUCUAUCUUACUUGUGUGUUGUUCAUGGGUUGGUUUCCUCUAACGGGAACAUGUUGAGUGGAAAAGAACUUUCCAGGAUGAAGUCAUGAAGUUAUGAGCAACACAGAAGUUUCGAGAAGCAUUAAUUGAAUCAUUUGGGGGCUUUUGUCACCCCAUUCCACCAUUUUUUAUCCUUUUUUGUUUUUCUUGAGGGAAGGGGGGUUGGUGGGAACCAAGGUCGGAGGAGUUGUCUGCCAGGCUUGUCAUCAGUUAUAUAAUAUUUUGUUUUCUUCAUAGUUGAUUUUUUUUUUUUUUUACUAGUUAUUUCAUUUGGUUCUUAGGUCAGAUAGAGAAAACUUUUUUCAAGUAACUAUUGUUAGUACCAGUAGAUCUGCAUCUGGUUGUGUAGGGUUUCUAUUCAAUUCUAACUCAACAAAGCCUUGACCAUGCUUGGACUGGCCACAUGACGCCGUUGCUGGCAUUUUCAUUAUUUCAUAUUUUUUAUGCUAAAAUAAAUUUGAUACUGGUUUAUUGUAAAAAAUUUUGAUUAAUGGAAUGAGAAAACAUACAUUGAUUUGAUCAAA